CUGUGACCGGAAAGAAUCAAUGGCAAUUUUUUGAGGAAGGAGGGGAAAAGAAACAUGUUGGAAGAGAGAGCACUGUCACCAGAGACUACAGAGGAAGUGGAAAGAUUAGUGAGCCUCGCCCAGGGGUCAGCUGCCCUCCCUCGGGUGACUUUCAGCACUCCAGAGAAGCUUGAGGAAGAACCAUGCCACAGAAAGUUGGCCAAAUUAACAACCAAGUAUAAUCGUAAAGAUCUUCAGAGGUGGAGAGACCUGGAGGAAUGGAUUGAUGCCCAGUUGCAGGAGCUGUAUCAGUACCAGUUGCAGGAGGAGACAGAAGCAACAGCUGCUCCAGAGCCUGAAAUUGACAUUGAAGAUCUUCUUGAAGUCUCUAAUGAGGAACAGAAAUCAAGACUACAGGAAAUUCUUCACCAGUGUUCGCGACCUACAGAGGACUUUGUUGCAGAACUGCUUGAUCGAUUGAGAGGUCUUAGGAAAAUUGCCAACCCUCAAAGGAAGUGACUCUUAUUGACAAAACCCAAGGGGAAACACAUCGUCCUGCAGUAAAGAAUGAUCAGGAUAUGGAAU